GUAUGCACUUCUUGGGUGGUUAUGGUACAUGUUGCGAGAUCCCAUGAAGAAGACUUGAGUGUUAAUCCGGCUCCCUCUCCCUCGUCUAUCUAAUCGAUGCAUCUUAAACUGAGCUCGAUUGUACAUGCCUGGGUAAAACGAUCAUAUCGCAGCCAUGGCUACCCAUGUUAGCGAGCUGGAAGUUGCAAAGAAGAAUUUGACCGAUGCUAUAGGUGAUAACGUGAAGCAGUACUGGGCCAACCUCAAGUUAUGGUUCAAACAGAAGAUAAGCAAGGACGAGUUUGAUGCUGAGGCUCGCCGGCUUCUGGGUCAAGACAACGUGCAUGUUCACAAUGACUUUCUGCUGGCUAUUCUUACCCGCUGCCAGAUCAUAGUUUCUGCACCAGAGGGCCCCGGUUCUUUACCAUGGCAAGGCGGCUCUGCAUCUAAGCCUGGCAAACCCAACCGAAAGAAGAAAUUCCCAUCUGUUAGACAGAAAUUUGAUCACCGGUUCCAGCCCCAGAACCCCCUGAGCGCGGCGCAGCCCUUCAGCCCACGGGAGCUGAGCCCGGGCGAGGAUGAGGAGCUGCGUCUGAGUGCCCAUACCCUGCUGCUGCCAACCCGCGGCCAGCUGGAGGCACGUAUGAUGGUGACGGCCUUCGAGCUCGGCCUGGACAACGUCACGGAGGAUGCAGUGGGCAUGCUCGUCUGCGCCGUGGAGGUUCACCUGAAAGAUGUGCUGACUGCGGUGAUCUCGCGGCGCAAAGCCUACCGUCUGCGUGACGGCCACUUCCCCUACGCCUUCGGGAGCGACGUCACCCCUCAGCCCUACCUGAAGAACAGCGUGGCGGCGUAUCACAGCGUCACAGAGUGCCCCCCUCCUAGUGCCUCCCUCCCUGCAGGCCCGCCCCCCCAGGUGUCCCCUGACGAAGCCGAGCAGCAGGCGGCCCUUCUGCUGGCAUGUUCUGGGGGCUCCCUGCCCCCCCCACUGCCGCCCAUUAACAUGGCUGAUCUACUGGAGGCCCUGCUGGUGCAUCGCGCUGUGGUGCCGUCCCACACGGUUUACGCCCUCAGCAUGGAGCGCAUCCUAGCACAGCUCUGGCACCCCAGCCACGAGGAGCUGGAGCAGGACCAGGUGCACCGACGCCGCCUGGCCGGCCAGGAGGGCCUGCUCAUUUACUGACCGCCGCUACCACCACUCGGGUACAGAACUGUACCUUGUCUGACAGCUAGAUGGCGAUGUUGCGUCGCUGACAGUCUUAAAGCCACAGGAGAUGUGGAUGACAGGUGCAAGAUGGAUCUGAUCUGCUCGUUCUCCUUUGUGUUGGAGGAGAAUGUGAAGAGGAACGUGGCUGGAUAAUCCAGGACUACAGGGACCCACACCAUCAGGGGAUUAGCACGAUCAGGACGUUGACAUUUUGUCGAGGAAUUUUGUACAUGUACAUAUUAAAAUGCUUGGUGCAGGAUUUGGUCAUAUUUGUUCAUACUUGACUAUGUGUGGAGUGCUUUUCUCAUGCCCUCCAUCAUUAUCACCCUCCUUCGAAAGUGUGAACUGUAAGACUCCAUUGUCUUCAUUCAUAGAGUUUAUUUUUUUAUUUUAUAAAUGCCACAGAGGACAUGAGCUGAGGAAAAAAUGACUGAUUCAUGUUGCUGUGAUGGGUUGUGCCUGAUUUAACGUAUUUCAUUGCACUGCAAAUGGAUUAAUAAGACAAUUUGUGAGAGCAGCACGGGAAUGUUAUACGGGUAAUGGGGGAAUUGUCAGUCAUUCUGGGCUUUUGCAAAUAAAAAGUAGUUUGUUUAA